CAUACUUCACGAGCCCCAAACCCCACGAUAAAGAAAGCCGGCGGAACAGUCGACAUCCCAUGGUGUCGCCAUCCUUCUCAACCACGCGCCUAGCCGACGACUGCCCUCAACUGCCACUUCUCCACCCGAGCCAUAGGUCCACGCGGCCUCUCGCCGGCUCUCACCUGCGGCCCCCGCGGCAACCGGACCCUCAGCACGGAGGCCAUCCUCGCCGUAAAGGCCCUGAAGCGCGACGCAGCCUCCGGCAAUGAGCCCAGCAUCGUCUCUUCUGACCUUGCCCGCCUCAUGAAGGCCGACCACCUGGCCGUCCUGGCGGAGCUUCAGCGCCGAAAUUAGUGGCGCCUAACCGUGAAAGCCUUCGGCACCGACCGCCGGGAGCCGUGGUACCGGCACGACCUCGCCCUCCACGCCGAGAUGAUCACCACCUUGGCGAGGUGCAGAUUGCGGGAUGAAAUUGAUGCGUGGCCACCGAUCUGCUACAGGGUGACGAGGGGUGUAUCUCCUCGGAGGAUACCAAGGGAAUUUCUCGGUUCGUUAGGCCUUUAAUGGUGGCGGAAAAGGGAGUUCUUGUUUGAGUUUCUGAUGUGCGGAUCGAGGAGAUUGGGAGAGGAGGAUGCUGCUAAUGAGGUGGAGAAUGAUUUCGAGGUCUGGUAUGAAUGCGGGAGCUUGCCGGCGCAGCCGCUACCUGUUUGAUGAAAUGCUUGAAAUAACAUACUCGGUGUUUGUGCAUGAGAAGUAUUAAGUCAUCUUGCAUGGCAUGGUGAAAUGUCUUGGAAACUCACAACUUAGUAGAUUCAACCCUACGAUGAAGUGAAUCGGAGCACCAGAUGGUGAGGCUGAUGGUGACGAAGACAUUGACUUGAUUAGGCCUUCCACAUUGUUGAUGCCAGCUCUCUUUCACAUUUGAUGCUGAUAACUUCGUAUGGCUGUUUCUUAUCAUCAUGACAUGUAUAGCAACCGACACCGAAGAUAUUGAUGGCGGCUAUUGAAAGGAAGGUAAGAGAAACAGAGGAUGGCGGCUACUGCAAUGCAAAAAGGAGAUUUGGAUACGACGUUAUCAGCUAUGAGAAGCACAUUGCGAUGGCUUCUCGGCUCGAUGAAUCCUUCUUAGGGUGUGAUUUGUUGGGGAAACUUUUGGGGGUCAAGAAGCGCCAUCUCGGAGUAGCAUUUCCCUGAUUCAAAAGAAUUCAAAUCUCCCGCCCUUUUUACCAUUUUCAUCUCUCCCCGUCCUCGACUCCCGCUCUCCCACCCAUCUCCCCUCACUCGCCAUGGACGCUCAGCCCGCCGUCUUCCCUGGGAAGCGCAGAACGGGCGCAAAGUCUUCCGAAGUAAAGAAUGGCGACGGGGUCAAGGCUCCCAAGAAACCCCCAUGGCAGUUCGUCACCGCCGCUCAACCCAGGCCGAAGCGUGCUUUUGGCGUCGCGAGGAGCACGAAUGUUCCCGUCGAGAAGCCUCACCUCACCGCCAAGCCCCGGAAAGUUCUCGCAGCAGCGCCACCACCACCACCACAACUACCAACUGGUACUAGAAAGAUACGCGCAGUCUGUAUUCAAGAAACAAAGACAGCAGCAGUCACCAAAACCAGCAGAAAAGAUGAACACCAAGAGGCGGUCGGCACACCAACGUCUUCGACCAAGCCCACCGUGGCAGGCACGCCGUACCUCAGUGCCCUGAAUUGCAGCAAGUGCAAGCUCGACCAGCUCGAGUCGUCGACGUACUGGCUCGCGCAGAUAAGGUUGGCGGAGUCCACAGGGAAGCACUUUGUUUCCGCCGCUUUCUUCCGCCUCGCGUUGGAAUGCCAUGCCCAGCCGUUACAUAGGCUUCGAAUCGAGCUCAGAGAUUACGUGACGCGACAUCAAGUUAAUUCAAUGGAAUCCGUGUGGGUUGAUCUGUCUCGGGCUUAUGGACUGGGGAAGGGAGGAUUGGAUUCUGACUUGUGCGAUCUCAUUCAGAAUAAUUCUCUCUUAGCUGAAAUGAACGGUUCAAUGGAUGAACCUGAUGUUGAUCUAUGUAAUCUUGAUCGAGGUCGUGUUUCUCUAGCCGAAAAGGAUGGAUGCUCAGAACAUGACGAUGUCGAUGGCAUAGCAGCCGAUAAGAGUCUGCAUGAUGCAGCUGAAGCUAAAGCCAAUUAUGGUGAUGAAGAAAAAUUUGGGAAUAUGGAGCUGAUCGACAGUGCAUCGAUCGACACCUUAACUGGGAAUAAAUGUGGCGAUGCUACCAACAUCUGUUGCAGCAGUAAUAAGCGUGUAAGUUCUUCGCCCGGAAAGAUUGAGACUGCAAAAUCUUGCCUUUCCACUGGCAAAGACAUGGUGGUGGGCUCAGUGGUGACUCAAGAAAUGUCCAAAGCCUCAGCUAACAAUGCAGCAAGGAGUAACCAUGGCGUAGGUAGAAGAAACAGGAGCUGUCAGGAUACAAGCAAAAACAGAGAGACUGAUGCUUAGGGUUUAGCGUGAGAAAUUUGAGGAUGCUGAUUGUAGCAGAUUAACUGGGUACAUUUGCAAACCUUUAGAAAUUUGAGGACAAAAGAUUGAUUUGAUUUAUUGGUGUGAGUUAUGUUUGUAUACUGUUAAUGUAGUUUUGUCGAUUCUAUGCUGGUGUGGUUUA